AUGGGUGCUGAGGAGGAGGUGCUGGUCACACUGUCAGGGGGAGCCCCCUGGGGCUUCCGACUUCAGGGUGGGGCCGAGCAGAGGAAACCUUUACAGGUGUCCAAGAUCCGAAGACGGAGCCAGGCGGGCAGAGCAGGACUCCGAGAGAGGGAUCAGCUUUUGGCCAUCAAUGGGGUCUCCUGCACCAGCCUCUCUCAUGCCAGUGCUAUGAGCCUUAUCGAUGCCUCAGGGAAUCAGCUUGUUCUCACCGUGCGGCGGGUAGAGGACGAGGGACCUGUGCGAUCUCCGUCCCCGGGUGAGAUGCUUCAGGCACUGUCACCCUUGUCUCCACUGAGUCCUGAGCCCCCAGGAGCUCCAGUUUCCCAGCCUCUCCAGCCCGGGAGCCUUCUCUCUCCCCCUGACAGUGAGGCUUACUAUGGAGAGACAGACAGUGAUGCUGACGGCCCAGCCACCCAGGAAAAGCCCCGCCGACCCCGCCGCCGAGGCCCCGCAAGGCCCACCCCUCCAGGAGCCCCACCGGAUGAGGUCUACCUGUCUGACAGCCCUGCAGAGCCGGCACCUGCUGCCCUUGGCCCUCCCAGCCAGGGUGACAGUCGUGUGAGCUCCCCAUCUUGGGAGGAUGGGACAACUCUUCAGCCACCCCCCGCCGAGGCCCUGCUGUUGCCCCAUGGCCCCCUCCGGCCUGGCCCUCAUCUCAUCCCUAUGGUGGGGCCGGUUCCCCACCCAGUGGCAGAAGAUCUUACCACCACCUAUACCCAGAAGGCCAAACAAGCCAAGCUACAAAGGGCAGAGAGCCUCCAAGAGAGGAGUGUGAAGGAGGCCAAGACCAAAUGCCGGACAAUUGCAUCCCUGCUCACCGCAGCCCCCAACCCCCACUCCAAGGGGGUACUGAUGUUUAAGAAACGUCGGCAGAGAGCCAAGAAGUACACCCUAGUGAGCUUUGGGGCUGCCGCGGGGACCGGCGCUGAGGAGGAGGACGGCUUGCCUCCAACUAGUGAGUCCGAGCUGGACGAAGAGGCUUUCUCCGACGCCCGCAGCCUCACCAACCAGUCCGACUGGGACAGCCCCUACCUGGACAUGGAGCUAGCCAGGCCGAGCUCAGGCACAGCAGAGGGCCAGGGGCUGGGAGGGCAGCUGAGUGAGGCCUCCGGGCGAGGGGCCCAACUCUUUGAACAGCAGCGCCAGCGCACAGCCUCCAUCACCCAGCAGCUGGCCCAGGAAGGUCCAGCGGCCACGCUCAACGGGCAGGGCCUGCAGUCUCCACCUCGGCCACAAAGCGCUCCGCCAGAGGCGGCUCUGCUCCCAUCCAGCCCUUCGCCAGCCCCUGUAGCCAGCCCCAGACCUUUCCUCCCUGGCUGUGGAACCUCUACCUCAGCUCCAAGCAUCUUUAACCGUUCAGCUAGGCCCUUUACUCCCGGCUUACAAGGGCAGCGGUCAGGUACCACCUCGGUUAUUUUCCGGCCCCUAGCUCCCAAGAGGGCAAAUGAGAGCCUGGGAGGCCUCAGCUCCGCCCCACCGCCUUUCCUGUCUCCUCCGCAGGGUCCCACUCCUGUGCCUAGCUUCACUUCAGGGGUUCCCAGCCACGUGCCAGUCCCCGCUUCCCCCAGCAUCCCACGCCCCUCCGGCCCCGUGACGGCCACCAGCUCCCUAUACAUCCCAGCCCCUAAUCGUCCUGUUACACCAGGCGGGGCCCCAGAGCCCCCCGCCCCCGCUAGCGGAGCUGCCAUGACCUCCACCGCUUCUAUCUUCCUGUCGUCGCCUCUGCGACCUGCUGCGCGCCCAGAAGCGCCUGCCCCUAGCUCCGCGGCCCCUGAGCCCCCCAGCGCUCGGGAGCAACGCAUCUCCGUGCCAGCUGCUCGCACGGGCAUCCUCCAGGAGGCCCGGCGUCGGGGAACCAGAAGGCAGAUGUUCCGGUCGGGAAAUGAGGAGACGAAGAACUCGCCCAACCCCGAGCUGCUAUCGUUGGUGCAAAACCUGGAUGAAAAACCCCGGGCUGGGGGCGCGGAAUCUGGUCCAGAGGAGGAUGCUCUGAGCCUCGGGGCUGAAGCCUGCAACUUCAUGCAGCCACCAGGGGGCAGGAGUUACAAGACGUUGCCUCACGUGACAGCUAAAACCCCGCCUCCAAUGGCCCCCAAGACCCCACCUCCUACGACUCCUAAGACUCCACCCCCAGUGGCUCCUAAACCCCCUUCUCGAGGGUUCCUCGAUGGGUUAGUGAAUGGGGCGGCCUCUUCGGCUGGAAUCCCUGAAACACCAAGGCUUCAGGGGAGGGGAGGGGAGCUGUUUGCCAAACGUCAGAGCCGAGCGGACAGGUAUGUGGUGGAAGCUCCACCUGGUCCUGGCCUUGGCCCUCGGCCCAGAAGCCCUUCUCCUACCCCCUCACUGCCCUCUUCCUGGAAAUAUUCACCCAAUAUACGUGCCCCACCUCCUAUUGCUUACAACCCACUGCUCUCACCCUUUUUCCCUCAAGCUGCCCGAACUCUCCCUAGUAAGACCCAAUCCCAAGGGCCUCGGGCAGCCCCUAAGCAGGGCAUUAAGGCUCUGGAUUUCAUGCGCCACCAGCCCUACCAACUUAAAACUGCCAUGUUCUGUUUUGAUGAGGUUCCCCCGACUCCUGGACCCACCUCCUCAGGGCCUCCCAAAACUGCCAGAGUCCAGGAGAUCCGCCGAUUUUCAACUCCAGCGCCGCAGCCCACUGCGGAACCCCUGGCCCCCACUGUGCUCGCCCCCAGAGCAGCCACUACAUUGGAUGAGCCCAUCUGGAGGACAGAGCUGGCCUCAGCCCCGGUCCUUAGCCCACCCCCUCCUCCAGAGUCUCCCAGGGGUCUUGGGACCUCCCCCAGCUCCUGUGGCUUCCAAGUAGCCAGACCCCGGUUCUCAGCUACCAGAACAGGGUUGCAGGCUCAUGUUUGGAGGCCUGGGGCGGGCCACCACUGA